UUUCCGUUCUCUGUGAUACCCCCUUAUACCUCACACAAUGGUAAGAUUGAUUUUUUGCGCAGCCGAUCAUUCUGUAGCUAUGAUCAGAACCUAACUUCCCUCUCUCUAGGCUCCCACAGAGUCCAAGAAGCGCCUCGCGCUUGCCAUCAUUGACUUCCUCGGUGCCAGCUUGAAGGAUGGCACCCUGACCGCCGAUGAUGCCGAAUCCAUCGAGAUCGCCCAGUCCUGUAUCGCCGAUACCUUCAAGGUUGAUCCCUCCAACGAGGCUGCUGUGAAGGAUGCCGUGGGUGGACAGUCCCUGGCCAGCAUCUACAGUGUCUACGAGAAGCUUCGCAACAAGCCCACCGGCGACUCUGCCAAGUCUGCCGAAAGCCAGAAGCCCGCGGCUGGCGCUCCCACCCCCGAGUCCGAUAAGCUGAAGUCCGAGGGUAACGGUGCCAUGGCCCGCAAGGACUACACCACCGCUAUCGACCUCUACACCCAGGCUCUGGCUAUUGCUCCCUCGAACCCCAUCUACCUCUCCAACCGGGCUGCUGCCUAUUCCGCGGCUGGACAGCACGAGAAGGCGGCCGAGGAUGCCGAGCUCGCCACUGCUGUUGACCCCAAGUACUCCAAGGCCUGGAGCCGUCUGGGACUGGCUCGUUUCGACCUGGCUGAUUACCACGGUGCCAAGGAGGCCUACGAGAAGGGUAUUGAGGCCGAGGGCAACGGUGGUAGUGAGGCCAUGAAGCGGGGUCUGGAGACUACUAAGCGCAAGAUCGAGGAGGCCAAGCGUAGCACCGAGCCUCCCGCUGAUGCUGUUGAUGAUGCUGCUGGUGCUUCCCGUGGUGGUGGCGGUAUGCCCGAUCUCUCUUCCCUUGCUAGCAUGCUCGGAGGUGGAGGUGGUGGCGGCGGCGGUAUGCCCGACCUUAGCUCCAUCAUGAGCAACCCUAUGUUCGCCAGCAUGGCCCAGAACCUGAUGAGCAACCCUGACAUGCUCAACAACCUCAUGAGCAACCCCCAGCUGAGACAGAUGGCUGAGAACUACGGUCGUGGCGGUGGUAUGCCCGACAUGUCCUCUUUGAUGAGUGACCCCAACAUUGCCGAUAUGGCUCGGAACAUGAUGGGCGGUGGUGCCGGACGUGGAAACCAGUAAACGGGAUAUCCUAUAUGUGUUAGUGUUUCGGAGCUUUAUUUGUUCAUUUCAUCAAAAACCAUUGUCGCGCUCUCGAUCUCGUAUACGUGCAAUGUAUGAUCAUCUUAAUUAUGGAAGCGAAUAGACACACCGCUAUACUUGUCUGACAAAUCUGUCUUGUUAUGAGGAACAUAUUUCUUCGUUUCACAGCUGUAUUUACAAAAACUCAUAAUGAUCCACUUCAUGUCGCCAG